CUGAGCAUAAAAUACCGAAAAUCGAAUUAUCGAACCGAAAAAUUUGAUAAUUGGCAUUCGGUAAUUUGGUAUUUGAGAGUAAAAUUUUAACAAAUCGGUAUUCGGGAUUGGGUUUGGUUCAAGAUAAUAAUACCGUUCAGUAUUCCGUAUUUACCGAAUAUUGAAUUUUAUAUAUAUGUGUGUGUGUAACAACCCAAUAGACAAUAGUAUUAGUCAUUCCAAAAAAUCUCUUGAAACUAGGUAAUAUAUUCGUAAAAAGAAACAAAAAAAUAUUAAAUAAGGUCUCUAACCGAAGUUUAAUUUACCGAUUAUCAAAUUACCGAACCGAUGUUCAUAAGUAUGGUAUAUGGUAUAUGGUAUAUAUGUUCAAAUACCAAUUAUCGAAUUACCGAAUCCAAACUUUGAAAAUACCGAACCAAAUACCGAACGCCCACCCCUACAGUUACCGCAAUAAUCUCACUAACACCUGCCUCGUGCAUUAUGUAUGCUGCUCCCAAGAGCACUCUUCGUUAAAUUCCUGACUCCGUCUCUGAGGCUUUGUCAUAGGCAAUAUAUAUAUAUAUAUAUAUAUAUGAGCCCAUUUAACUUACAAAGCCCAUAGGCCCAAAUAUAAACUUCCUCUUAACCAACACAUCAAUUGGACCCAAAUAUCAAACCGGGUUUUCUUUUCCGGCGCCGUCCACCGGAGCUUCGCCGUAGUUCUUCACCGUUCAAUUUCUCCGACGAAAUCAAAUUCUUUGAAUUGAUCUUGGAUGAGAUUUGGAAAUUCCAAAUGAGCGAGAGAGAUGAUACUAUGAAGGAGAAGAGAGUAGUUUUUGUGACCGUAGGGACAACUUGUUUUGAUGCUCUUGUAAGAGCAGUGGAUACUCCAGAAGUUAAGAAUGAAUUGUUCAAGAAGGGUUACACCGAUAUUCUGAUUCAAAUGGGACGAGGAUCGUACAUUCCCACCAGGUUGACUGCUGAAAAUGGUUCCCCCGCUCUGGACUACUUCACAUUUUCAUCAAGCAUAGCCGACUAUUUGAAGUCAGCAUCACUUGUUAUCAGCCACGCAGGUUCAGGGAGCAUAUUUGAGACACUACGGCUGGGCAAGCCGUUAAUAGUGGUUGUCAAUGAGGAUCUAAUGGACAACCAUCAAAGUGAGCUCGCUGAAGAACUGGCUGAUAGAAAACAUUUGUAUUGUGCUCUUCCACAAACGUUAUACAACACUAUCUCGGAUAUGAAUCCGGGGUCUCUUGUUCCAUAUCAACCAGGCGACGCGAAACCAGUUGCUAAACUUAUUAAUCGAUAUCUCGGUUUCCCAGAGGACUAAUGGAACUUAUUGUUCUGUGUAGUUAACAUGAAACUGAUGUUCAAUUGUAUGUGACGUAUAUUAUAAGGUCUACUCUAAUGAUAUUGUGUUUGAGACACUCU